AUCCCCCGGGACUCCAUGGUGAUACCAAUGCAGGGAUCCUCCCUAGAUCAGUGUCACUUCUACCGCAUCCACAAUCGCGCACGCGUCCACAUCUCGAUUACAACCGGCAUUUCAAUAAUCAAGUUGACAGCAUCACCGCGGGUGGAUUAUUUCGGGACUUUCUUUGAGUGCAUCCAGUGGAUUUCACCCUGUGAUAGUGAUUUUUGGUGGUUGAGAAUUUUUCAAUUUUUUUUUUGCGGAGAAAAUUGUUUUGUUUUUGAGUGGAAUUUUAAAAUGUUGGGCGGGUACGAGGCACAAGCGGAUUAUUACCCACAGUGGCACCAGCCGUAUGAUUACAUUACACAAUUGCCGUACGGCCACAUAAACAUCCCCGACGCUGACAGUCAGUCCACCUACUGGGGUGGGGCAGACUCCGGCAUCUCCGGUGGAUCCUCAGGAGCUGGGAGUCCAGCAGCCUCAACACCUCCCCCGAUAAUCGAGGAAAUCGGUAUCCAGGAGAGUGUCUACAGUUCUCCAGUGCAGCACUACUCUCCGCCGGUUCACCAGCAGUACCACAACAUCCACUACCAGCAUCUCCAGCAGCCCCAGUCCCUGGGGCACCAUCCGACCCCCCAAGACCUGGACCACAAGGACCGAACGUCCGUCGAUUAUCCGCCGAGCAGUCACCACCAGAUGAACGUCGUCGGCAAUCCCCCGCACUACCAGAUGAAUCUUCAGCAGCAUCUUGCCUCCAGGGUGGAAAAUGGCGUCGUCAUCAGGCCCAAGAGACGCAACACCGCGAACAAGAAGGAGAGGAGACGUACGCAAAGUAUCAACAAUGCUUUUGCUGACUUGAGGGACUGCAUUCCCAAUGUCCCGGCGGACACUAAACUCUCGAAGAUCAAGACCCUGAGACUGGCUGCCUCCUACAUCGGGUACCUCAUGGCGGUUCUGGACAGUGAGGAAGGGGAGGAACCGCAAACCUUCAGAGCGGAGAUUCUAUCGAAUGGGAGACGCAAUAAAAGUCAACAAAUGACGAAUGAGAUGUGUCAGUCCAUAGACAAUUAUUCCAGCGAAGAAGUGUCCAAAGGGAAAGGACGAACUGGCUGGCCCCAGCACAUGUGGGCCCUCGAGCUCAAGCAGGAGACCCCGUCCACAAAUACACCGACAGCGGCGUCAGUGGGUCAGUUGCAAUAAAUAUCCCAUUCCCCAUCGCUCUCAAAUGUGCGCUCUUGUAUAUAAUAGUUUUUAGUUACUAUAUUUACUUACAUUGUAAUAACUUCGUUGGUUCGUCCGAGAUCGAGCGCAUCCUGCGGCUGUAACUCCAAAUUUUCAGUUUUUUCUGUGAAAAUGUCAUCACUCCUGGUGUUGAUUUUUUCGUCAGGUGAAGGCACUGGUGUCAGUUACGUCGCAGUUACGAGAUAACUUGGACACAUAAGUCUGUAAAAAUUUUGUAUAAAAGAGUAGACUAUCUUAAUAAAUAC